UACGUCAAGAUUCUAAGAAAAUCACAAAAUGAGAAUGAGAAAAACAAUGUGCUUUGCAAAUUCAAAAUAAAUCGUGGUCUGGUGGUCUGAAAUCUGAAUUAGAUAUUUACAGCGAUAUAAAUUGUAAAUCUAUGUCUUUGGAUAUUUAUAUGAUAUUAUAUUAAAUACCUAAAAUAUGCAGCAUUUUUGAUACGUAAAAUGGGAAAAGGCAAAAAGUUUUUCAAUAAGAAAAGAAAAGGCUCGUUCAAAGCAGGAGUUCGUAAGAAAAAUAAAUUUAUAAACAAGGAACAUGAAGUUAAGAAUAAGAAAGCUAUGUUUAAUAGAUACAAAGAUAAACAAAAAGUUGAAGAGGAAUUCAUUAAAAAGAAGCAGAUGGAACAAAGGUUCCAAAAACAGCAGCCUGCUUGUUCUGAAAGUGAAGACGAAGCAGAUGAGGACUCCUACGGACAGCUAGUUUCCUGCUUCAAACGUGAUGACAACACUAACAUGAUUGCUGAAAGUGAUGGAGAGAUAUCUGAUGAGGAACCUGAUGAUUGUGAUGUAAAUGGAACCGUAGAAAGUGUGAACAUGGAGCCAAAUGAGAAUAAUGAUCACAGUCUAGACGAAGAAGAAAGUUUUGAUGAACAAGAUAUAGAAGGACCUGAAAUAGAAAAUGAAGUUGACUCAUCAAAUGAUCCCUUUACAAAACACCUUCAGUAUGAUUUACCAGAUGAAUUAAUUGUUUCCCUGUCAAAUAUGCCUCCAACAGUGAAAGAAAUUAGUAAAACAUGGCCAGUACUUGGAAAUUUAGUUUUAAGCAUACCACAACCACUUCGAACUUUGUCUAAGAUAACAAAGCCGAAAUUUUCUUUAAUAGAAGAAAAAGUGUAUGCAUCUACAGCUACAGUGCCACAUAUAAUAAACAACAUUGACUUUAAACAACUGCAUCUUAAAUCACAAAUAUGUGGAAACAUUGUUUCUGCAAAUAAAAAUAAUUUGAUUAAAAGAGAUUUGGAACUUACUGACAUAUUUACUCCACUACAAAAGGAACUAUUUACGAUUAUGAAUAAUUACCAGGACCUCUACUAUCCUGAGAGAACAUUUAGCAAUGCAGAUGAAAUCCGCUUCACAUAUUGUCUUCAUAUUGUAAAUCACAUGAUUAAGACUAGAACAAAAAUAUUGCAUCACAAUGCAAAAAUAGCUAAAAAAUCUGAUUUAUCAGAAGACUAUCAGGAUCAGGGCUUAGUAAGACCAAAGGUAUUGAUCAUGGUCCCUUUCAAAGAUGCAGCAUAUAGAGUAGUGAAGACAUUAAUUGAUAUAGUGGUACCCAAAGAAGCAGGCCAAGUUGUGAAUAAAAAUAGGUUUGAGGAAGACUUCACCGGGGGGGAGUUGAUACUGCCCAGUAAGAAUCCCAAGCCAGAAGAUUAUGAGCUAUUGUUCAGCGGUAACACAGAUGACACUUUUAGGCUGGGCAUGACAUUGACAAAGAAAACAUUGAAGCUGUACACUGACUUCUACUCAUCAGACAUCCUCAUAGCGUCGCCCCUCGGCCUGCGCAUGAUAGUGGGCGCGGAGGGCGAAGAAGACCGCGACUACGACUUCUUGGCGUCUAUAGAGCUGCUGGUACUGGACCAGGCAGACGUGUUCCUCAUGCAGAACUGGGACCAUUUGCUGCACGUCCUGGACCACUUUCACUUGCAACCCAAAAAGACGCACGGCACUGACUUCUCUAGAGUCCGAUCCUGGGCUGUGAACGGAUGGGCAAAGUACUAUAGGCAAACCAUGGUGUUUUCUUCCGUGUCGCUGCCAGAGAUCAAGUCUGUAUUGAACAGGAAGUGUGCAAACUAUGCUGGCAAGGUGCUUGUCGCAAAUCCGCCUGAAACAGGCAGCAUUCAGCAGGUUCUAGUUCAAGUGCCACAGCUGUUUCACAGGUUCAACGCGGCAAGUCCGCUGGCGGCAGUGGACGCGCGUUUCGAGUACUUCGUGAAAGAGAUCCUGCCGCGCCAGCGCGACGCACUCAUGGCCCACACGCUCGUGUAUGUGCCGAGCUACUUCGACUUCGUACGCUUAAGGAACUACUUUAAGAAAGAAGACAUCGGCUUCGUCCAGAUAUGUGAAUACUCGAAGGAUGCAAAAAUAGCUCGAGCACGAGACAUGUUCUUCCACACCGAAGCACACUUUCUGCUAUACUCGGAGAGAGUGCAUUUCUUUCGGAGGUUCCGUAUUAAAGGCAUCAGGCAUAUUAUAUUCUACCAGCCGCCAACCUACCCACAUUUCUACUCUGAAAUGUGUAACCUUAUGCAGGAAAGUAACCAGAACAAGUAUGGGGGCAGCGACUGCAACAUGUCGGUGACGGUGCUGCACUGCAAGUACGACGUGGCGCGCGUGGCCGCGCUGCUGGGCGCCGCGCGCGCCGCCGCGCUCGGCGCCGCCGACAAGCCCGUGCACAUGUACGUCACCGGCGACAAAUAAACAAUUACUAC